AUCUGAACCUGAAUUGAUGAUAUAAUUGAAAUACAAAUAAACAUAAGUAUAGGCCUAUUUGUCUAACUAACUCAAAUAAUUCAUAUGAAUUUAUUGAGGGUUAAAUGAUUCUACAAUGAAUUAAUUUAGAGCAGGUGGCAAGUAUGAAUAGAUUCUGUGAUUGAUUUCUGAAUGAAAUAUGGUAUUAUAUUAUUCAUGGAAAACUAUACAAAAACAUUAUUAUGGAACAUAGCAGACAUAAAAUUAAUCUGACUCACUUGUGACGCAAAAAAUGCCAAACAAUCUGGUAAUGGAGUGUUCAACGAGGCUAAUACUCGCACAAUGCAUCUGGCCACUACCGAUUUGGAUGCAUUAUUGCAUGUAAUCAAAUCCAGCUUGGGAACUGGUCUACUGGCCAUGCCUUUUGCAUUCAAACACGCUGGAAUCAUUGAAGGCCUUUUUGCUACUAUCUUUGUAGGAUUACUAUGCAGUCAUGGAACCCACUUAUUGGUGAAAGUAUCUCAACAAAUGUGUACAGUACUUAAAAAGCCAUCUCUGACGUAUUCAGAAACAGUUGAAGCUGUUUUUCAAACCUCUCCACAUGGACGAUUAAAAGCACAAUCGUCAUUAGUUCGGAAGAUUGUAAACGCUUUCCUCUUUUUGACAUACUACGGAUCAAACACAGCUUAUAUUGUUAUAGUAGCGGCUACUCUCAAGGAGAUAGCCAAAGAUGAUCUGGGAUAUGACUACAAUGUUAGAUGGUACAUGUUGAUUUCAACACUGCCUUUACUUCUGAUUGGCACAAUACGAUCGAUGAAGUACCUAGUUCCUUUCUCAAUGCUGGCCAACGCUUUACUUCUCACUGGAAUUGUUUUUAUCUUCUACUACAUACUUCAAGAUCUGCCUCCAAUCACCUCUCGUAACGAAUUCAAGCCAAUAUCGAAUUUUCCAAUUUUCUUCUCAACUGUGAUUUGUGGCCUCGAGGGAAUAGGGACUAUACUCCCAGUUGAAAAUUCAAUGAAAAAGCCUCAGCAUUUCCUUGGGUGUCCUGGCGUGUUGAAUAUUGCGAUGACAAUUGUUGUAUCUCUUUUCACAAGUGUUGGAUUUUUUGGAUACUGGAAAUAUGGAGAUAAUGUCAGAGACUCGAUAACUCUUAAUCUACCUCCAGGAUAUAUAGGAUCUACAGUGAAGCUGCUAGUUGCCCUGGCCAUUCUAUUCACAUUUGGACUACAAAUGACAGCCGUUAUGGAGGUUGUAUGGUUCUCAGCCGAGAAAAAAUUCACCCCGCCUAAUCGAGACAUUGCAUAUUAUGUUAUCCGAGGAAUUCUUGUGGUUAUCACAGUUUUGUGUGCAGUAGCAGUCCCACAACUGGGUCCUGUGAUUUCUCUGGUUGGCGCAGUUGGCUUCUCAACUUUAGGUUUGUUCAUACCUGCUGCAGUGGAUUUAAUUUGUGCUAGUGACAGAGGAAUCAAUUGGAAAAGUUUCUCUGUUUGGAAAAAUUUAUUGAUGAUGGCGCUUUCCAUUUUUGCUCUCAUUACUGGAUCUUUCACAAGUAUGAGAACAAUAAUUACUCAGUACACGUGACAUAAUAAUGGGCUAAUUGUGAUACAGGUAGGCUACUGAAAUAAAAUUUUGUCUAGUA